CUUGUUUCUGCACACAUUGUUUUUUAAACGCAUGUUGAUCUUACAAACACCAUGUUUAAACCAUUCAGACUAUCUUAAGGUUAAAAGUACACCAUCAACAUAAAGGCAUCAGCUGACUUCCAAAAGCUUCUCUGAACAUUUCAAACAGCGAUUUAAUGAGGCACGACAGCGGCCGUGUUAAACAUUGACCGCGGUGGAGUGUCGGCGCGUGUGACCGUAUGUUUUGCAUGCAUCAGGCUGAUCAGUAACCCUCUUCAGAUGUGUUUCCUUACUUAACAGGAUCCCUACGAGAAACUGGAACCUGUUGAGCAAACAGCACCACCGUUGACACGCUCCUCCUCCUCCUCCCCGGAGCCACAAAAAACCACAAACAAACACUCACAAGGGAUUCGAUUUCAUAGUAACCACUGUUCUCUCCCACCCUCCCUCCCUCUGCACCGGAGGGUGGAGGCUGGGAACAGGUGAACACCUAUCAGCUCCAUUUCCAGUGGGAUGCAAAACCGUGCUGGGCGUCGCUUGCGCUGGAAAGCUCUCUGACCUUCUCAUCCGCAGCUCGCUGACAUUCGGAGAGCAGGAGUCAUGUCUAACGGCGCUCUGGAGAUCGUGGCGAUGUGCGUGUCCCUCAUAGGGCUCAUCGGGGCGGCGGCCAGCACCGGAAUGCCCAUGUGGCGCGUGACGGCUUUCAUCGGCGAGAACAUCAUCGUGAUGGAGACCAGGUACGAGGGCUUGUGGAUGAACUGCUUUAGGCAGGCGGACAUCCGUAUGCAGUGUAAAGUGUACGACUCGCUGCUGGCGCUGCCCCCUGACCUCCAGGCCGCUCGAGGGCUCAUGUGCUGCUCCGUGGCUCUGACCGGUCUGGGUUUAGUGAUCUCCAUCGCCGGCAUGAAGUGCACGGCGUGCAUCCAAGGCAACGACAGAGCCAAGCGUAUGGUCCUCCUCGUGGCGGGAUGCAUGAUUCUCAUGGGCUCCCUGUGCUGCAUCGUUCCCGUCUCCUGGACGGGUCAUGUGAUCAUUCAGGACUUCUAUAACCCUUUGCUCAUCGACGCCCAGCGAAGGGAGCUCGGAGAGGCUCUUUAUAUCGGUUGGGUGUCAUCCGCCUUCCUAUUCGUCGGUGGAUGCAUAUUCACCUGUUGUACCGUAUCUUCAGACAAGGGCCCUGAUCAGAGGUACUCGUACAACAGACACGCCGCCCCCUACGUGGCCUAUCAGCCUCAGCCUGUGACCUUUCACCCUCAGCCACGGUCUGUGUACAGCCAUCCAUCUGGUCCACCAUCAUUUAUUCAGCAACCGUCUUAUGAAACGUCCAGACAGCAGUCGUUCAUACAGCCGUCCAGACAGCAGUCGUUCAUACAGACAUCCAGACAGCAGUCGUUCAUGCAGCCCUCCAGACAUCCAUCCGCCCGCAGCGCUGUCGCGUACCUCUGAGGACAUUAUGAACGCUUGUGUAUUUGCAUUUGUGUUUGGACAUGUGUGUCGUGUGUGUUAAAUUGAAACGAAACGACUCUGGACUUGUAAACAAGGGGGUUUUGUUAAUGAAAGCCCCAAAAUAACAUUUCUUCUGAUAUAAAAAUCUUAGUGUAGAUUGCACUCUAUUUUAAUUUCACGUUUCUGAGAGAUAUUUUGACAGAAUUUAAUGCUCUUUGUAUUUUUUGCUUUUUAAAGAUGUUAUUUGGAGAACUGUGACUGUAAAUAAUGGCGUUUACCCAUAGAUUUUCAUUGGUUUAUAUGAUUCAUACCUCAGGCUUGGGACAUUUUGUAUUAUUUGAAAGCUGACUAAAAUGGAAACUAGGCAUGAACGUGUUUAUAUUUCUGAGAAGAAUACAAACUGAAUAUAGUGAUAUGAGUCAAUAAACCUAUUUGAUAUUCCAUUUUUACUCGUUUUAAAGAGUACGGUUCUACUUCAGUAAUCAUCUUCAAGUGAAAUCUAUUCAUCUACACUGUUAAAAAAGUGUACUAAUUUUCUGUCAGAACAUUGGCCAUUCAUUUCUUGAAAACUCAAAGUACAAGUGAAUCAAUACAGAUUAUCCCUUCAUAUUAACACAUGCCUGUUUUUUUUUGCAGUGUAUUUCUUUAGAGCAGAUGUUUUGCGGAAACGUUACAGGUGCUGGUGUGUUGAAAUCUUUUAUUUGCUGGAUUUGGUGAGUUUAGUUGAGCUCACCGUGUUGGCAUCUUUAUGCCCCGCGGCUUCGGAUAGACAGAAUGACUGUGUGAAAUGUAAGACCGCUAUUGUCUUGAGUGUCUCUGUAUGGACACACCCAGGGUUUGUUAUGUUAGUACUGCACAACAGAACCAGGAAACGCAACACAACUCAACUUAAUCCUGUUGGGAAAACAGAAGAGAAGCCGACACAAAAAUACACCCACACGCAUGAAAACUGGACGAGCAGCUUCGGUGAAAUGGGAACUGCAUAACUUUGGAUACAUUACAGUCAGACCUGUUUUACUAUGGAACCAAAUGAGAAACAAUUAGUCAAAUCUAUGUUUUUCUUAUGCAGCAAACACAAUUUUAGUGUGAUUUGCUGUGGAUUGAUGAAAUAAUCAAUUGCAAUAUUUUGUUUGUUAAACAAUUAUUUCUUCAAUACUGAAAGUAAAAAUAAAUAAUAU